AAAUGGAAAAAAAGAAAGAAGGCAAAAAGCACUCAUUCGGGAAAAAGAGAAAAUAUCAGCUAAGAGCAUGGACGACGUUGAUCGAUUGUUCGAGUGCUUCAAGUGCGGCGUCUCUCCUCCCCAAUCUGCUUUUAGAGAAAGAAAAAGAAGAAAGAACAAAUUGAAGCAUGGGAGUUCAACCCAAGAGGUCUCUACAUCUCCUGGCAUUCCCUCUUCGGGAUCAGCUGGACAAAGACCAAAAAAAGCAAAAGAUAUACAGCUCUCCAUUGAGAAAUUUGAUACAGCAACAAUUAAAGCCAACAAAAAUAAUCCUGGGAAGCAGUUCUCUCCUAUUGUAUUCUAUGGGUCUCCUAAUGGUGUGCCCCCAAAGAGACCAUCCAGUUUGUUGCAAUUGUUACAUCAAAUACGUGUUGAUCUGAGUGAACAAAAUAAAUUGAGCUCGAGGAAGGAAAUAUGGGCUACAUUUCCUAGGCAGGAUGAAGCAAUGAAGUUUGCCAAACGGCACAUGCAGGUUCGGGUUUUUAGUUAUCAAGAUCACUUUUCUGGACAACGAAGGUUCCUUGUCUCUACAUAUAAGGAAUUCUGGCAAAGGUACAAAAAUAUGGAUUCCAAAUUCCGUCAUCAUUAUGAAGUGAUUCAGGAGGGUUUACCAUGCCACCUUUACUUUGAUUUAGAGUUUAGUAAGAGAGUGAAUGCAGAAAACAAUGGAGAUGAAAUGGUUGAUCUCCUGAUAUCAGUCAUUUUUGAAGCCUUACUUGAUAAAUACUCCAUUCAAGGAAACCUAGAAUGGAUAGUAGAGCUCGAUUCCUCCACUGAAGAAAAGUUCUCUCGCCAUUUAAUUAUUCGCAUACCAAAGACUGCUUUCAAGGACAACUCACAUGCAGGUGCAUUUGUUGCUGAGAUAUGCUCUCGGAUUUUAAGUGCAAGGAAGAGUGAUGAAAGAUUUGAGAAAUUUUUUGUGAGGAAAGAUUCAACGUCCACCGAACCAUCGAGCCAACUUUUCGUGGACACUGCUGUCUAUUCUAGAAAUCGUUGCUUUCGUUUAGCUCUAUCAUCAAAGGCAGGGAAGAAUUCUGUUCUUUUACCUAUGGGGCGAUUCAAAUGUAAGGACAUGUGUGAGGAAGAGAUGUUCAUGGCAUCAUUGAUCUGCAAUAUGGAUGCUGACUGUGAGAAGCUUUUAGUCUGCAAAAUGGAGUUAGAUUGUGUCAAAACCCUGCUCUUUGAUACUGAGGAGAAUCAUAAUAUUGGAAAUUAUUACAGUGCCCCUCAAGAAUUUGCAUUGAGUGCUUGCACAAGAGAUCUUACAACAACAUACUUCCUGGGGAAGUCACCAUUUCCAGCUCUAGACAAAUUUGUAGAAUUCAUUGCCUCCAUUGGCAAUGUCUCAGGAAAAAUACGGAGCUGGUUUUGGUUCUCAGAAUACGGACUGAUGGUCUACAGCAUGUCAAGAAAUAGAUACUGUGAGCGAAUUGGUAGACAGCAUAAAAGCAAUCAUGUGAUGUACAUUGUUGACUUAAGAAGGGCUGUUUAUUAUCAGAAAUGUUAUGAUCCUGACUGCAGAGGUUACCGAUCUCCCUUACGACCAAUCCCGAUUGAUGUCAUUCCUGAUCCUUUGGUUUUCUUUGAUUCUGAUCAGACAAUUAAUCAUGGUGUUUCAAGAGUUAAUAACCUCAACCAUCAAUUUGUUGAUAGUGAUGAGGAACAUGCUUUGCUUUACAAUGAUGAAAACAUUACAGACAACUGCAGUAAAGAUUCUUGGUGGGUUGAAGCCAUAAGAGUUGCAGAUGAUAUUGAAAAUAAGAAAAAUACAGUAGAGCUUAGCAACAUGGAGGAGAGAAUUAACGAUGAAGAUGAGGAAUGGUGGGUAGCUGUAGAAAGUACUGCAUCCCAGGCCGAAUUGAACCAUUUCAACUGUGCAGGUUAGGGCAGUUGGUUGAUAAACAUUCUGGCCAUGUAUACCAAUACAGAUGCAUUCUCUCUUGAACAAAAGAUUUUACCGACUUCUGGCAACUCAACUAGAACAAGUGCUGCAUUACCAUUUAAACUGCAAGCCACGUUGGUAUUCUACUAUCUGGUGAUCUUGCAUGGAAGAAUCGGUUUGGAGAUCAUUUCGCUUGGAAUCUGAUUGUUAUGGGGAAAAGCAAAAAUGUAAUCCACAUACAUUAUCAAUAUUUGGAAAUUAUAUUGGUUCUUGCGAAAUGAUUGUAUAUAUGUAUAUUUGGAAGAUAUUUUUUUAAAUAAAAAUUUUUACCACUGGCUAUGAGAACAAAA